AUGCCCACACUGCAACAUCAAGUAUCUGAUAGGCCACAGAAAUCCCGGCCCAUAUGCUUCGCGCAGCUCAACCAUGGUUACGCGCAAUCACCACUACAUAUUAAUGUCCGACCCUCGUUCCCACCUUCGCCGCCAACAGCAACAUCACAUAUGGACACAGUGAUGCCAGUGCACGGUGCGCAUACACAAGAAGACGCUUGGGGAGGGCCGGUUCAAUCCUCGCAGUGGGCAGACAUGGAUUACAGCAUGGAUAUAGACGAAGACAGCCAAAGUGACGUGCGCAGCCAACCACCGGAAUCACCGUUCGGCGGCCAUUUCUUUCGACCACCAACACUCAACUCGUCUUCCUCACUACUCUCCGACCACAGCAGCACCGGGCGCAUACCAACGCCGAUACAUCCUACGUUCAACAGAGGAGCCAUGAACGGACUUGGCUAUCUCACCAGUGGCUCAGCAGGCGGCGUGACAAGUAACGCUUUACCCCCGCUACCAGGCUUGACAGUCCGUAAGAACAGACAAGAGCAAGGAAGCGACCGAAGCCGACGCAUGCCCUCGCCCAUAUCAGAAGACGAAGACAUCCCAGACACUCCCACCACACUCACGCAAUCGCAACUCUCGCGACUUAGUUUCUCGCAUGCGAACGCCGACGAGAUGGCAAUGGAAGCCGCUGCUCCGCCGCUCGCUUUGCCUCCCACACCACGCGGUAGGAAACGCAGUGGUGCGCUGACAGGCACGCCGGGGCGGUUCAGCAUGGGGUAUCGAGAUGAUUGCGAGAAGUGCAGGCAGAGAGUGCCGGGGCAUUAUUCGCACUUUUUGCCCUAG